UUGUUUUCAUCUCAGUCGCCCUACAGUGGAAUCCUGGAAUUGCAAUAGUACUUUAUGGAUAUAUAAAAAUAGAAGCGUCGUUCAUCGUUUUCAGACCUUUUUGCGCUGAAAAUUUAGCUUCGUUCAGAAACAAAUUAGCCAUAGUUAUCGUUAGUAAACGAGAGCAUCCUAGUUUUCACCAGCGGCGUGCAAACCCGGCUCGGCAAUGACAUCCAUUAUUAAACUUCAUGCCAUUUCUGGCGCGAUGGAUGAGUCGCCACCGUGUUACAUUCUACAGGUAGAUGAGGUUCGCUUUCUGCUCGAUUGUGGCUGGGACGAAAAAUUCGACCCGAGUUUUAUCAAAGAGUUGAAAAAGUAUGUUCACACGAUUGACGCCGUGUUACUUUCCUACCCUGAUGGUCUCCAUCUAGGAGCGCUUCCAUACCUCGUGGGGAAACUGGGACUCAAUUGUCCCAUUUACGCAACCAUACCCGUGUACAAGAUGGGCCAAAUGUUUAUGUAUGAUAUGUUCAUGUCGCACUAUAACAUGCACGACUUUGAUUUGUUCACGCUGGAUGAUGUGGAUGCUGCAUUCGACCGGAUCAUCCAGCUGAAGUAUAACCAGAGUGUAUCGCUAAAGGGUAAAGGGUACGGCAUAACGAUAACGCCUCUCCCGGCCGGGCAUCUGAUAGGUGGUACCAUUUGGAAGGUGGUGAAGGUAGGUGAGGAAGAUAUAGUGUACGCAACAGACUUCAACCACAAAAAGGAGCGACAUUUGAACGGUUGUGAAUUGGAGAAAUUACAGCGACCGUCACUAUUUAUCACCGACGCGUAUAACGCACGAUACCAGCAGGCAAGGCGAAGGGCGCGUGACGAAAAAUUUAUGACCAAUAUUCUGCAGACGUUGAGGAAUAAUGGAAACGUUUUGGUUACGGUAGACACAGCUGGCAGAGUGCUAGAAUUGGCACAUAUGCUAGAUCAGCUGUGGAAAAAUAAAGAAUCUGGACUGAUGGCAUAUUCGUUGGCAUUGUUGAACAACGUAAGCUAUAACGUGGUGGAAUUUGCGAAGAGUCAAAUCGAAUGGAUGAGCGAUAAGUUGAUGAAAAGCUUUGAAGGGGCAAGAAAUAAUCCAUUCCAUUUUAAGCAUUUACGUCUGUGUCACACAAUGGCGGACUUAGCGAAGGUACCCAGUCCUAAGGUGGUGCUGGCUAGCUCGGCGGAUAUGGAAAGUGGAUUCUCGAGAGAGCUGUUUGUUCAAUGGGCGGGGAAUACGAACAACAGCAUUGUUAUUACCUGUAGAUCCUCGCCUGGAACUUUGGCAAGGGAUUUGAUCGAUAAUGGAGGUAAUGGGAGAAAAAUAGAGCUGGACGUUAGGCGUCGGGUUGAACUGGAGGGAGCUGAGCUAGAGGAAUAUAUGAGAACUGAGGGCGAAAAGCACAACCGGUCGAUUAUUAAAAGUGAUAUGGAUUUGGACAGCAGUUCAGAUUCUGAUGAUGAGCUGGAAAUGAGCGUUAUAACGGGGAAACAUGAUAUUGUUGUGCGUCCGGAGGGUCGUUCACAUACCGGUUUCUUCAAAUCCAGUAAAAAACAGUACGCCAUGUUCCCAUUCCACGAGGAAAAAAUAAAGUUCGACGAAUACGGUGAAAUUAUUCAGCCAGAUGAUUACCGAAUGGUCGAUCUUGGUCCAGACGGUGGAGGCGAAGAUAACAAGGAGAAUCAAAUCAAAGCUGAAGAAAUCAAGAAAGAGAAAGAUAGUGAACUGACUGUCCUGGACAAACCAACCAAAUGUAUUAGUAGCCGUAAAUUGAUUGAGGUGAAUGCGCAAGUUCAAUUUAUCGAUUUCGAGGGCCGUUCGGAUGGAGAAUCCUUGCUGAAAAUAUUAUCCCAACUCCGUCCUCGCCGGGUAGUAGUAGUGCGAGGAUCUCCACAGAACACAGCUCAUAUAGCGGAACACUGUCAGUUGAACAUCGGUGCCAGAGUAUUCAGCCCGAAUCGGGGGGAAAUAAUUGAUGCGACCACCGAAACGCAUAUCUAUCAGGUGCGCCUAACGGAAGCAUUAGUCUCACAACUGGAAUUCCAGAAGGGUAAGGAUGCCGAAGUGUCCUGGAUUGAUGCUCAAAUUGUGAUCCGUAACAAACAGUUCAAUGCGGGAACAGAAGCGGAUGCGUUGGCAAAUAGUACCCUCAGUGGUACCACGAAUAAUGCUACCACUAACAAUGCAAUUGCAGCUGCAGCUGCCGCUGCAUCCGAUGCGCCGAUGGACGUCGAUCAAGCGGAUUCAACGGAAGAUAAAAGCGAUAAACAGAUUCUUACGCUUGAACCACUGAAGAACGAAGAACUGCCGGCGCACAAUUCGGUCUUCAUCAACGAGUUAAAAUUGAUCGAUUUUAAGCAGACAUUGAUGCGGGCUAACAUCAGCUCGGAAUUUUCGGGCGGUGUGUUGUGGUGUAGCAACGGAACACUGGCACUGCGACGAGUUGAUACGGGAAAGGUCACCAUCGAGGGGUGUCUAUCGGAGGAUUAUUAUAAAGUUCGGGAUCUACUGUAUGAGCAGUAUGCGAUUGUGUAGUGUUGAAUAAAGUUCGAUGAAUGCAAUUCGAAUGAU